AUGUCUUUUAUUUCUUCAAUAAUUCAAAAUGAAACAAUCAAAAAUUUAAUUUCUAAAAUCUUAUUUUAUUUAAUAAAUUUAAUUUUCAACGGAUUAAUUCUUCGUUCUAUUAAUUUGAAUAUAAUUGGUUUAGCUAAUAUUCAUUUAGAAUUAAUUUAUACAACAAUAUUAUUUUUAACAAGAGAAUCUUUAAGACAUAAUGUACCUAAACUUAAUAAUAUUCAUUCAGUUUAUCAUUAUAUUAAUUUAAUAUGGUUUAUUAUAUCGAUUGGAAUAAGUUUUAUUUCAUUUAUUUUUCUAUUAACAUUAUUUAUUCGAAUGAAUUCAUCAAAUAUAUUAUUAAUUCCAUAUUAUAAUCAAGCUUGUUUUAUGUAUGCAUGCGCUGCUUUUAUUGAACUUUUAUCCGAACCAUUUUAUUUAUUAAUAACAGUUACAAGAAAUUAUUCUAUUAAUAUUUAUAUACAAUUUAUUGCUUCAAUUAUAGGAUUUGGUCUUCAAACAUAUCUUAUAAUAAACAAUCCUGAAUGUUCAUUAUAUUAUUAUGGUAUUGGUUAUAUAAUCUAUUCAUUAAUAAUAACAUUAAGUUAUUAUAUAUAUUUUUUAAAACAAAAAAAAGAAAAACGUCGUGAAUUGUUUAUAAUAUCAUCGUUAUCCGAUUUAUUAUUAAAACCUACAUCUCCAUUUGUUGAUCAUAAACUUGUAAAUAAUACAUUGAAAUUUUUUAAACAAGGAAUAUCAAUAAAAAUUUUAACAGAAGGUGAAAAAUAUUUAAUGAUUUUUUUCAAUCUUAUAUCUUAUGAAGAACAAGGCAUUUAUCAUAUUAUUUAUUUAUUAACAAAUAUUUUUCCACGUUUAAUUUUUUCAACAAUAGAACAAAUUUCUUUGAAUUAUUUUCAACAAACAUUUUCAAGAACAAAAUUAAAUGAAAAUAUUAGUCAAAAUUAUUUUUUUAUUCAAGAUGAUCAAAUGUUAGUAAAACGAAGAAAAGAUGAUCAAACGAUUUCUCGAAAUAAUUAUCAACCACCUACACCAAAUGGUAUGUGA